CCUCCCUCGCCUCUCGCCUCUCGCUCUUGCCUCGCUCAUGAAACUCGUGAACAAUUCACGAUUCACGAAUAGAAAUCGCAAUCGGCUUUGACUCAAUCGGCUCUCGCUCUCUGCCUCUCUCGAGUCUCGACUAUCGACCGCCGACGGCCGACCGGCUCUCGGCCACUCGCUCUCGCAUCUUGACUCUUGUGAGUUGUGACUUGUAAGCCUAGGUACAGUAUAAGAGGUAGAGGAAAGUAAUUUGCUGCAGAAAUUAUUAGAAGCUUGCAUUGUUGAUUUCUCUUAGAUUGACUCUUCAACUACACAACAAACCACCUAAUCAAGAACCAAGGACAUCCUCGUUUCAUCGUUUGUUUAUUCUGCAGUUUCCAUGGAAUUACUCAUGGAGGAAGAAGAAUUAAGAGUUGAUGGAUUGAGUAUGGGUGAUUUUGACAGCAAUCAGAAAGAGAACUCUGAAUUGGCUUCUGAUUUUMAUGCAAYRGAUGAUAAGAACAAKGRGWUUACCCAAGAGAAUCAAGCAGAAGAUAGURAUGCUGAAGAAGAGUAUGACGAUGAGGAAGAAGAARACGCAGAAGAAACAUAUUCAUUGAGAUUYGAAGGAGAGACAGAUCCCUUGGCUCUCAMAGAGGAUGAUKCUUUUGGAGUUCAGGCUUAYGAGUGUUUGGAACAACCGGGGCAUGAGUAUGAAGCUUUGGCUGCUAAAAAGCGUAAAGAAAGCCUCAAUUACAAUCAUCUAGGAAUGCCACCAGUAAAGAAGUUGAGACAAGAGGAUUAUCCUGGACCAAGCUUUGAAGAUUUAUUGGCAGAAAUAACACAUGGAAAGAGAAGAAAGUCAAAGAAGAUUAAGAAAAGAGGUAGGAGGAAGGGAUCAAAGAAGAAAGUUAGUCCAGAAAUUACACACAAAUUAGGUGAUGCUACGCUAUACUAUGCGCAURGGCGAUAUGAAGAGGCCAURCCUUUGUUGAAGGAAAUCAUUAAGAUGUCACCAAGUUUGCCUGAUCCUUAUCAUAUGCUUGGCCUUGUAUAUAAUGCUAUUGGGGAUAAAAGGAGAUCUCUGGGCUUGUAUAUGCUUGCUGUAGUUUUGAAACCGAAGGAUGCAUCCCUCUGGAAGCUACUUGUUACAUUGUCUUUGGAACAAGGAUACCGUGGACAAGCCCGAUAUUGUCUUGGCAAAGCAAUAAAAGCAGAUCCUGAAGAUAUGRGUCUUAGAUAUCACCGUGCCUCGCUUUUUCUUGAGCUUGGAGAACAUCAGAGGGCUGCUGAAUCAUAUGAGCAAAUAUGGAAACUUCGUCCUAAGAAUAUUGAAGCACUGAAAACAGCAGCAAAGUUGUACCAAAAAUGUGGYCAGCAUGAACGCAGUAUCAACGUACUUGAAGACUAUUUAAAAAAGAACCCAAAUGAYGCUGAUCUGAGUGUAGUUCAUUUAUUGGCUUCAGUGCUUAUGUCAGGAAAUGCCCAUGAGAAAGCUCUUCACUAUAUUGAGUAUGCACAACAGACUUAUUCCGUUGGUAAAGAAUUACCAGUUGAGUUAHUGAUACAAGCAGGAAUAUGCCAUGUUCAUCUUGGAGACAUGGAAAAAGCAGAGGCUUUCUUCAGUGUUUUUACAGAAGACRAUGUAAAUGAUUGCCGUCAUCUAAUUAUUGAUGUUGCAAACUCAUUCAUGAGUCUUAAGCACCAUGGAUCUGCAUUGAAGUACUACCUGAUGGUAGAAGGGAAUGAUGGUGGCAACAAAGGCCAACUAUAUAUGAAUAUGGGGCGUUGUUAUUCCUGCCUAAGUGCAAGAACACAAGCAACUAGCUACUUCUACAAAGCCUUACAUGAACAUGAGGGGAACAUUGAUGCUAGGUUGGAUCUAGUGUCACUUCUCUUAGAAGAAGAUAAAGAAGAUGAAGCUAUUUCUGUACUUUMUCCUCCUGAUUCAGAAUCAAGAGUUGKACAAACCUCUGAUAGGGAGAAAGAGUGGUGGACUGAUAAAAAAAUAAAGUUAAAGCUCUCUUCCAUUUAUAAAUCCAAAGGGUUGACUGAGGGCUUUGUUGAGGCGAUAUUUCCAUUGGUUCGUGAAUCGCUGUUUCUUGAAACUAUUCAGCGAAAGGUUAGACCAAAGAAAAGGCUACCGAGAAGCGUGCUUUAUAAAAGAGUUCAAGUACUAGAUGACCAUCAAACUGACAAUGUAUUCCAAGGAUUCCGUCCUAUUGCUUCAUCUUCAGAUCUAUCCAAAGCUGCUCGAGCAAAGAGGUUACUUCAGAAAAAAGAAAAGGAAAGAGAAGAAAAACGAGCUGCAGCAUUGGCUACUGGAGCAGAGUGGCACAGUGACGAUUCAGCUGAUGAAUCUCCUGCAUAUAGAGAACCUCCCUUGCCUAAUCUCUUAAAGGAUGAGGAGCAACUUACGCUCAUCGUAGAUGUGAGUGCUUCUUGCUUCCUAUUCUUCUUUGUGGUAAUUGUAAUUAAGACCACAUUUGGGUCUGAUCCAUGGCGAUACUGAUCCAUUUUGUGAACAUUUUAAUCUUAAAACCUGAUUAUCAAAUGAUACAAGCAUCUUGCAGUCUCAUCAUAGCUGAUAAAGUAGUCAAAUAUAUUCUGAUUUUGGUAAAUUCWGGUUUACAAGAGGUUGCUUGGAAACAUUUGCCAACAAGUAUGGUUUUCAUUGUUUUAAUGUGUAUUUUUAUGUUUGCAACACAUKAUAGUGAACAAUAAUUAUCUGAAAUCAGCUUGGCUCCGAAGGUCA